GUGAUCGCGCUGCGGGCGCAGGACCCCGACGAGGGAGAGGCCGGCCGCCUGGCGUACUCCCUGGAGGCGCUCUUCGACGAGCGCUCCAACGACUACUUCUCCAUCGACCCCCAGACGGGCAGCGUGGUCACCACCCGCAGCCUGGACCGGGAGACGAAGGACACCCACGUGCUCAAAGUGACCGCAUCUGACCAUGGCUCCCCGCGCCGUCGCUCGGCCACCACCUAUCUGACGGUGACUGUGAGCGACACCAACGACCACGAGCCAGUGUUUGAACAGCCCGAGUACCGGGAGAGCAUCCGGGAGAACCUGGAGGUGGGUUAUGAGGUGCUGACUAUCCGUGCCACCGAUGGGGACGCCCCAGCCAAUGCCAACAUGCUUUACCGUCUGCUGGAGCCGGGAGCUGGCGAUGGCGUCUUUGAGAUUGACCCACGCUCUGGGGUCGUGAGGACCCGAGCCCUGGUGGACCGCGAGGAGGUUUCUGAGUACCACCUGGUGGUGGAAGCUAAUGACCAGGGCAAGGACCCAGGACCUCGCAGUGCCACAGCUAUGGUGCACAUCACUGUGGAGGAUGAGAACGACAACUACCCUCAGUUCAGUGAGAAGCGCUACCUGGUCCAGGUGCCAGAGGAUGCCCCAGUGAACAGUCAGAUACUGCAGGUGCAGGCCACUGAUCGGGACCGGGGCAGCAACGCCCAGGUGCACUACAGCAUUGUGAGCGGCAACCUGAAAGGUCAGUUCUACAUCCACUCUUUCUCUGGUGCCAUCGACCUGAUCAACCCUCUGGAUUAUGAGACUAUUCGGGAGUACACCCUGCGGAUCAAAGCCCAAGAUGGGGGCAGGCCUCCCUUAAUCAACUCCAGUGGCAUGGUGUCAGUGCAAGUCGUGGAUGUGAAUGACAACGCCCCCAUCUUUGUCAGCACUCCCUUCCAGGCCACAGUCCUGGAGAACGUUCCUUUGGGCUACUCGGUGCUGCACAUCCAGGCUGUGGAUGCUGACUCUGGGGAGAACGCGCGCUUGGAGUACAAACUCAUAGAGAUGAUAUCACCUGCUGGAAGUGCUCCUGUAGCGAGUGACUCUGGGUUCCCUUUUCAGAUCAACAAUAGCACGGGAUGGAUCACAGUGUCGGCAGAGCUGGACCGAGAGACUGUAGAGAACUACCAGUUUGGGGUGGAGGCCAGGGACCAUGGUGUGCCGGUCAUGACCUCCUCAGCCAGUGUGUCCAUCACGGUCCUGGAUGUGAAUGACAACAACCCUACCUUCACUGAGAAGGUGUAUCACCUCAGACUGAAUGAGGAUGCAGCCGUGGGCAGCAGUGUCCUGACCCUGACAGCAGUGGACAGGGAUGUCAACAGUGUUGUGACCUACCAGAUCACCAGUGGCAACACCAGGAACCGUUUUGCCAUCACCAGUCAGAGCGGAGGGGGACUGAUCACCCUGGCCUUGCCCCUGGAUUACAAGCAGGAAAGGCAGUAUGUGCUCACAGUCACUGCCUCGGAUGGCACUCGCUUUGACACCGUCCAGGUCUUCAUCAAUGUCACAGAUGCCAACACGCAUCGCCCAGUCUUCCAGAGCUCCCAUUACACUGUGAGCAUCAGUGAGGACAAGCCCAUUGGCACCUCUAUUGUCACCAUCAGUGCCACCGAUGAAGACACAGGGGAGAACGCGAGGAUCACUUAUAUUUUGGAUGAUAACAUCCCCCAGUUCCGCAUCGACCCCGACACAGGCACCAUCACCACCCUGAUGGAGCUGGACUAUGAGGACCAAGCCUCCUACACGUUGGCCAUUACAGCCCAUGACAACGGCAUCCCCCAGAAGUCCGACACCACCUAUGUCGAGAUCCUCAUCUUAGAUGCCAACGACAACGCGCCCCGCUUCCUGCGCGACCGUUACCAGGGCUCGGUUUUUGAGGACGUGCCACUCUCCACGAGUGUACUGCAGCUGUCUGCUACGGACCGCGACUCAGGCCUCAAUGGCCGUCUCCUCUAUACAUUCCAAGGCGGUGAUGAUGGAGAUGGAGACUUCUACAUUGAGCCCACUUCUGGGGUGAUACGAACACUGCGCAAGCUUGACCGUGAGAACGUGGCUGUCUACAGCCUGCGGGCCUUUGCUGUAGACAGGGGUAGCCCCCCCUUGAAAGCCUCUGUGGAUAUCCAGGUGACUGUGCUGGACAUCAAUGACAACCCUCCUGUCUUUGAGAAGGAUGAAUUUGACAUCUUUGUGGAGGAGAACAGCCCCGUGGGCUCUAUUGUGGCACGGAUUAGUGCAGCCGACCCUGACGAGGGAACCAACGCACAGAUCAUGUACCAGAUUGUGGAGGGCAACAUCCCUGAGGUCUUCCAGCUAGACUUGCUCAACGGUGACCUCACAGCCCUGAUGGAUCUGGAUUAUGAGAGCCGGACAGAGUACGUGAUCGUGGUGCAGGCCACUUCUGCUCCUCUUGUCAGCCGAGCAACGGUACAUAUUCGCCUCCUGGAUCAGAAUGAUAACCCACCUGUACUGCAGGACUUCCAGAUCCUCUUCAACAACUACGUGACCAACAAGUCUAAUAGCUUCCCCUCUGGCGUGAUUGGCAAGAUCCCAGCUCAUGAUCCUGAUGUUUCUGACAGCCUGGCCUACACCUUUGUGCAAGGCAAUGAAUUAAACUUGCUCCUUUUGGACUCUGCCACUGGGGAACUGAAACUUAGUCGGGAUCUGGACAACAACAGACCCCUGGAAGCCCUCAUGAAAGUGUCAGUCUCAGAUGGUGUCCACAGUGUCACGGCGGUCUGCACCCUGCGUGUCACCAUCAUCACGGACGACAUGCUCACCAACAGCAUCACGGUGCGACUGGAAAAUAUGUCCCAGGAGAAGUUUCUUUCUCCCCUCCUUUCUCUGUUUGUGGAGGGGGUGGCGACAGUGCUGUCCACUGCCAAGGACGGCGUUUUCGUUUUCAACAUCCAAAACGACACAGACGUCAGCUCCAAUAUCCUCAACGUGACGUUCUCGGCGUUGCUUCCGGGUGGUAUUCGAAACAAGUUCUUCCCCUCUGAGGAUCUUCAGGAGCAGAUCUACCUCAACAGGACCCUGCUGACCAUGAUCUCCACGCAGAGGGUGCUGCCCUUUGACGACAACAUCUGCUUGCGGGAGCCCUGUGAGAACUACAUGAAGUGUGUGUCUGUGCUGAAGUUCGACAGCUCCGCUCCAUUUAUCAGUUCAAACACCGUCUUGUUCCGCCCCAUCCACCCCAUCAACGGGCUGAGGUGCCGGUGUCCCCCAGGGUUCACAGGUGACUAUUGCGAAACGGAGAUUGACCUCUGCUACUCCAACCCAUGUGGUAACAAUGGGCUGUGUCGGAGCCGAGAAGGGGGCUACACUUGUGAAUGCUACGAGGACUACACUGGAGAGUACUGCGAAGUGAACGCUCGCUCUGGCCGCUGUGCUCCCGGGGUGUGUAAGAACGGAGGAACUUGCGUUAACCUGCUGAUAGGAGGCUUCAAAUGCGAGUGUCCUCCCGGAGAAUACGAAAGACCAUACUGCGAGAUGACCACCAGGAGCUUCCCUCCACAGUCGUUCAUCACCUUCAAGGGGCUACGGCAGCGCUUCCACUUCACAGUCUCCCUCAUGUUUGCAACGCGAGAGAGGAACGCUCUCCUUCUCUACAAUGGGCGUUUUAAUGAGAAGCAUGACUUUAUCGCACUGGAGAUCAUUGAAGAGCAGAUACAGCUAACGUUCUCUGCAGGGGAGACGACCACUACGGUGGCACCCUUCGUUCCAGGAGGGGUCAGUGACGGGCAGUGGCACUCCGUCCAGGUGCAGUACUACAAUAAGCCCAACAUUGGGCGAUUAGGAAUUCCCCAUGGACCUUCAGGGGAGAAGGUGGCUGUUGUAACCGUGGAUGACUGUGACACGGCAGUGGCUGUGCGCUUCGGGAGUCUCAUUGGCAACUACACGUGCGCUGCCCAAGGGACUCAGACUGGCUCAAAAAAAUCUUUGGACCUGACUGGCCCUCUUCUCCUUGGUGGUGUCCCGAACUUGCCUGAAGAUUUCCCUGUGCACAACAGACAGUUUAUAGGCUGUAUGAGGAACCUCUCUAUUGACAGCAAGCCAAUUGACAUGGCCAGUUUCAUAGCCAACAACGGCACUCUCCCAGGCUGUGCCGCGCAGAAGAACUAUUGUGAAACUAACUGGUGCCAGAAUGGAGGCACGUGUGUGAAUAAGUGGAAUACUUACAUCUGUGAGUGUCCCAUACGGUACGGAGGGAAAAACUGUGAUCAAGUAAUGCCUUCUCCUCAGCGGUUUAGUGGGGAAAGCAUUAUCAUUUGGAGUGACCUCGAUAUAACCAUCUCUGUGCCAUGGUACAUUGGGCUUAUGUUUAGGACCCGGAAAGUCAAUGGCAUGUUAAUGCAAGCUAAUGCUGGAACUGCAUCCAAGAUCAACAUUCAGAUACUGAACAACUAUGUGCAGUUUGAAGUGUACAGUGGCCUGAACCAGGUUGCUAGUUUGAAGAUGACCCAAUCGCGAGUCAGUGACGGCGAAUGGCAUCAUUUAUUAGUAGAGCUAAAGAGUGCUAAAGAUGGUAAAGACAUCAAGUACCUAGCUGUCAUGUCCUUGGACUAUGGGAUGUACCAGAGCACUGUGCAGAUUGGAAAUCAACUGCCUGGACUAAAAAUGAAAAGCAUCAUUGUGGGAGGUGGAGUAAGAAUGGGAGAGACAUCUACAAAUGUAGCUACACUCAACAUGAAACAGGCUAUCAAGAUCAAUGUAAAGGAGGGCUGUGAAGUGGAUAACCCUUGCGACUCCAACCCGUGUCCUCAGCACAGCUACUGCAGUGACGACUGGGACAGCUACUCCUGUGUCUGCGACCCAGGGUACUUUGGGAGAGACUGUGUUGAUGUGUGUAACCUGAACCCAUGCGAGCAUGUCUCCACGUGCGUGCACAAACCCAGCUCAUCCCAUGGGUACACCUGUGAAUGUGGACAAAGCUACUAUGGACAGUACUGCGAGAGCAAGAUUGACUUGCCUUGUCCCAGAGGCUGGUGGGGAAAUCCCAUUUGUGGUCCCUGUAACUGUGAGACUAGUAAAGGGUUUGAUCCUGAUUGCAAUAAGACUAAUGGAGAAUGCCACUGCAAGGCAAAUUACUACAAGCCCCAGAGCAGUGACACCUGCUAUCCAUGUGACUGCUUCCCCUCCGGCUCCUACACGCGCACCUGCGACAUGGAGACAGGACAGUGUCCUUGCAAACCUGGAGUGAUAGGGCGGCAGUGCAACCGCUGCGACAACCCUUUUGCUGAGGUUACCACCAAGGGCUGUGAAGUAAUUUAUAAUGGGUGUCCCAAAGCUUUCGAGGCUGGUAUUUGGUGGCCACAGACCAAGUUUGGCCAGCCAGCUGCUGUGCCAUGUCCUAAGGGAUCAGUGGGGAAUGCAGUUCGACAUUGUAACAAUGAGAAAGGCUGGCUGCCUCCCGAGCUUUUUAACUGUACCACCACCACUUUUGUGGAUCUAAAAAUCAUGAAUGAAAAGCUAUACCGCAAUGAGUCCAAACUGGACGGAGACAAAACCAUACGGAUUGUGAAAGUGCUGCAGAAUGCCACCAAGUACACAAGCAGCUUGUACGGGAAUGACGUGAGGACAGCUUACCAGAUGAUGAUCAGGGUCCUACAGUAUGAGAGCCAGCAGCAAGGGUUUGACCUGGCCGCCACCAGGGAUGUGGAAUUCAAUGAAAAUAUUAUCAAAGUGGGUAGUGCUCUGCUGGAUCCCAGCAACAAGGAGCACUGGGAACAAAUUCAGCGAACGGAGGGUGGCACAGCUCACCUGCUAAGGCGUUAUGAGGAAUAUUUCAACAAUGUGGCCCAGAACAUGAAGAAAACCUACAUGAGACCUUUUGUCAUCGUUACCACUAACAUGAUUAUUGCUGUUGACAUCUUUGACAAAUCUAAUUUUACGGGAGCUAAAAUACCACAAUUUCAUGAGAUUAAAGAAGAUUAUCCAAAAGAUCUGGAAUCAUCUGUUACCUUCCCUGAUACCUUAUUCAGACCUUCAGAGAGGAAAGCAGUACCUACAGUGAAGCCUUCAAACCAGAGGUUAUCCUCUAAGGUGAAUGGUGAUGAGCUAAGCCCUGAGAAUGCCUUUACAAAGAGAAGGAAGCGAAACCCAGAUGACGCCACCCAAUAUACUGUUGCCAUGGUCAUUAUAUACCGAUCGCUAGGACAGCUUUUACCUGAAAACUAUGAUCCUGAUCGAAGGAGCUUGAGGUUGCCAAAUCGCCCAAUUAUUAACACACCUGUAGUGAGCACCGCCGUUCAUAGUGACGGGGAGCUUCCACCCAACCUUGUGGAAAAGCCCAUCAUCCUGGAGUACGCCAUGUUGCAAACAGAGGAGCGAACGAAGCCCGUCUGCGUGUUCUGGAAUCACUCUAUUGCGACUGGUGGAACAGGGGGCUGGUCCUCCAAAGGGUGUGAGCUGUUUUCCAGAAACCAGAGCCAUAUCGCUUGCCAGUGCAACCAUCUAACCAGCUUCGCCGUCCUAAUGGACAUUUCGAAACGAGAGAACGGGGAGGUACUUCCUCUGAAGAUUGUCACUUAUACAACUGUAUCCAUUUCACUGGUGGCCUUGCUGAUAACCUUUAUAUUGCUGGUUCUCAUCCGUACACUGCGCUCCAACUUGCACAGUAUCCACAAAAACCUGGUGGCUGCCCUUUUCUUCUCUGAGCUCGUCUUUCUCAUUGGGAUCAACCAGACUGAAAACCCGUUCGUAUGUACAGUGAUUGCCAUCCUCCUGCAUUAUUUCUACAUGAGCACCUUUGCGUGGAUGUUCGUGGAGCAGCUCCACAUCUACCGGAUGCUGACCGAAGUGAGGAACAUCAACUUUGGGCACAUGCGGUUCUACUACGUCGUUGGCUGGGGCAUUCCCGCCAUUAUAACAGGACUUGCUGUUGGUCUGGACCCACAAGGCUACGGAAACCCUGAUUUCUGCUGGUUGUCUGUUCAUGACACCCUUAUCUGGAGUUUUGCUGGGCCCAUCGCAAUUGUUGUAGUUAUAAACACUGUCAUCUUCAUACUAGCAAUGAAAGCAUCAUGCAGACGAAGGCAACGUUCAUUUGAGAAAAACGGAGUCAUGUCUGUGCUGCAAACGGCCUUCGUCCUGUUGCUGCUCAUCAGUGCCACGUGGCUGCUGGGGCUGAUGGCGGUGAACAGUGAUGUCAUGACAUUUCACUAUCUCUUUGCCAUUUUCAGCUGCCUACAGGGGCUGUUCAUUUUCUUCUUCCACUGUGUAUUUAACAAAGAAGUCAGGAAGCACUUGAAGAAUACUUUAACUGGAAAGAAACCUCUUCCAGAUGAUUCUACUGCAACAAGAGCUACAUUAUUAACUCGAUCUCUGAACUGUAACAACACAUAUAUAGAGGAGCCAAAUAUGUAUCGCACGACUCUUGGAGAAUCCACUGUCUCCCUAGAAAGCACCGUCAGGGAUGAGGCUGCUCAUAAACUCAGUGGAUCCUCAAGUCAAGCAAGGGCUGGUCAGACUGAAGCAGAUUCCUCCAUUUUUCAUAGGAAUCCAUCAAAAUCCAAUGAGCAUGAUUCAGACUCCGACAGCGAACUGUCACUCGAUGAACACAGCAGCUCUUAUGCCUCCUCCCAUUCAUCGGACAGCGAGGAAGACGGGAUUGAGCCAGAGAAAAAGUGGAACACAACCACUUCCAAAAAUAAUGAACGUGGUCCUCUCCACAGCACUCCCAAAGUUGAUACCCUUCUCAAUCAUGUGAAACCCUAUUGGCCCACAGAGUGCAUAACAACCAGCGAUGGGGAAGACCCUGGUGGGAAACAGAAACUCAAAGUGGAGACCAAGGUCAACGUAGAGCUUCACAGGGAAAACCAAGUGAACCACAGCAGCGAAGCACCUCAGGACAAAGAGAACGAAGGGCAACAGAAGGAGAACAGGCUUCUGUCCCACCAGAAUAACCAGCAGCCAGAGCAGAGGAAAGGCAUCUUGAAAAAUAAAGUCACAUACCCUCCCCCACUGAUGGAUAAGAAUAUGAAGAAUCGACUGCGGGAAAAGCUAUCAGAUUACAAUCAGACAACGAUAUCCUCCAGGACUGCUUCCUUGGGGACAAAUGAUGGGAUCCGCUCUCCCUCGGACUCAGGGGUAACAGUAAAAAAUCCUCGGAGGGAGCAGUCUCGAGAUCAGCUCAAUGGCAUGGCCAUGAACGUCCACGUGGGAACAGGACACGCUGAGACCUCAGACUCAGAAGGCAGUAAUGAAACUUCAAUUUGAACCAUCAGGAAACUGUGAUCGCUAUUGUGUUCUGGACUACUUGCUGUGGUGUCACUUGCCGGGUACCUCGGAUUUCGUAGGAGUUGCUGCGUAGUGAGGAGGACGAGGGUGGGAUUGAUUCCUGCGUGAAUUCAUGUUAUGGCAGACUCCUGACUGCUGGCAACGGAGACACCAUGCCCGGAUGCGCAUGGGAUAAAGCUACUCCGUGAUGCACUCAGCGGGAUGCACACCUGUGCCAAAAAGUGUGGAAAUGGUGACAGGGCUGCACUGUGAGGGACAAAUAGCAGUUUGCGGUGCAGACAAGAACAAUGCUGCAGGGGUUGCUUAUCUACUAGGGAGAAACAUGGAAAAACACAUUAUCACAGUGGACCUACGUUAAGUCAAUUCGUCAGCCUUAAGACAAGCACCAGGGGAUGUCUCUUGUCUCUUGUGAAGUCUUGUCCCACUACAGUGUGAACCAUUCACUUUGCUGGACUCCAGGGAGAAACAUCCCAACAAGUGUCCUUUAGUUUCUAUGCCAGCAUCUCUAUCCACCCCUUUAUGGACACGUCGUCUUAAAAAAAAGUCCUUUAUAUAUAUAUAAAAAGUGUAGAUACUUUUAUAUAUUUUGUAUGGUGAUGCUAAAGAAAAAGUUCCUUUGUAUAUUUUACAUUUAUACUGAUCUUCUUAACUUGAUAAUAGGAAAACGAUUAAAAGAGCUUUUGAUAUUUUUUAUAUGAACAUUGCACAAUUUUACUUGAAUUUGGCAUUUGAUAAAGUAACUGAAGUUUGCAUGGAAACCACCUUAAGAUGCAAUGCAGUUUUCAAAGUAAUACAGUAAAGGUUACAUCUAAAUCCAUGAAUAUAAUUUAAAAGUUUUGUUGCCAGAUUUGGAAACACUUUAAGGCCACAGUAUGUUUUUUCGUAACCUCUUCUCAAACCAACGAAAAAUAUUUUAUUUUGUUUCUUCAUUUCAUGGUGUUUUGGCCUUUUCUCUCAAGUGCACUGAAAUGUUCAGAAACAGAACUUCAGAACUAAAAAUAAGUCAUAUAGUGUAAGAUUUCAACACAAUCCUUAUAUGGAUGAAGUCAAAUCAAUUUUUCCCUUACCAAAAACAACAGAACAAGCGGUGUAAUUGUAUAGUAGGUUUCUCUGACUUUGCUGAUCUGGCUAAGCAGCAAACCGGCCAGUGGUGUGUCCCAAGAAGAGCCCCCCGCCCGAUGGACAAGCUCUGUGUGAGGCUCAGUGUUACUUUUUCACCGGUUUACUUUUAAGUUCUUUCCUACUGGAGUCAGCAUAUCGUUAAUCAAAGCUGAAAUCUUUGAGAUGCUGGGGUUUCAAGUCCCAGCUCUUUGGCAAAGCUCUGCCCAUCCUGGUGUUUCAGAAGCACAUAAAAGGGUUGCAGUCUCAUGGUUCCCACCAAAUAUGCUGGCUUCACAAGCAUAGGAAAAUUAAGCCUGUCAUUCCUACCAACUUCACCUUUCUGCAGCGUUUACAAGAAAAAGAAAAACAGAUGUGAAAAACAUUUGUCUCCACAGUGAAUGUGUGGGGCAGAGCUUCUGCUAGCGGUUCCCUUCGGUGUGAAUAUAUGGCUCAAAGCGAGCCCUCAGGGCACUGUUCGUGCCCAUGGUACAGCGGUUAUCUGGCUUUCUGCAGCUAAGGGUUUCCUGGGCUAGGCAUUCCUCAUACCAUCCAUUUUGGAAAAAACAUUAGCUUUUCUUUGUAUGAAUGUGUAUGUGAAAGGGAACAAACAGAAAAUUAGGCUCAAUAAAAUGCAGGAAUUUAGCCAAAAAAAAAUGAAAUAAAGUGUACAGUAACCUUGGCUUUGUUAUAUUCCUGUGCAUUUUUAAAUGUACUUCGGAGGCCUUUGGAAGGAGCGGGAGGAGGAAGGAUAGUGUUCCUUUAAAAAUUAUGCAACAUACUGUGUGAAAUUUUCUGGUUGAAAAAAGUUUUGAAUGUUUAAGUGUCUGACACUUGGCUGUGUGCUCAGGCAUUGUGUAUAACCCAUGGGAGUUGCUUUCACAUCUGUGUAUGUAUAUUUUGUCCCAGUGAGAUGUAGGUAGUUCUAUUUUGAUCAGAAUUGUUGCAGUAAAUGAGGGUCAGUUGUAUUAAUGACAAAAAAAUUAAAACCUAUUUUUAUGACUUUUUAAAAGCUUUAUGGCAGAUUAGACACUGGAGGUUUUUUUUUUUUUAACAAAUGUAUAUUUAUUAAUGUGCAGAACACUGGAAUUGCAGCACAGAUGAAAGGAGAAUUUACAAUAAAUUAAGAUUUUUGAA